CAUCAUUAUAAAGAACUGGUGACAGCGGAACAGAACAAUGACGAUGUGGACACUGCAAAGAAGAGGAGGAUUGAGGAGACAAAGCACGCUUUUGAGGAGCCAUCCUCUUAUCACACAAGGAGAGGUAAAAACAGAGACAUUCUCAACGAGCAUUCCGAGACCACAGACAAAUGCACACAUUUCUUACUACCCAGAUGUUACACUAGCUCUGCUUUGGAGAGGAGGAUGCUGUGCUACACCCAGGGCAGGUAACACAACGGAUUCAUUGCUGCUAUAUUGUUUCGUACUAUCAAUUCCACUCAGAUUAGUAAUGACAAUUUAGUAAUUUGGUAGACACUUUUAUGCGAAGUGACUUACAGAACCAUUGACAUUGGUAGUGACACAUACUCAUUAUUUGGCCCAUUUGGAAAUUAAACCCACAACCCUAUUGUUGCCAGCACCAUGCUCUAACUCAUUGAGCCGGCAAUUGUUGAAUACUACUGUCCGUCUGGGACAUUACCAGCCACAUAGGGUUUGGUGACACCUAGUGACACUUAGUCACACCGAUGGGUAUGGUGGAACAGCAGGUGAUCUGCCCUGAGGUAAUAAAAAGGAAAGGUACAUGGUGCUGGUUACAUGUUUUACCGGCACAGGCUGUCUCUGUAGUAGUCAGAACAUUGUUGCCAACUUUUUGACAUUGUCUGGCAACAUUCCCUGAUACCUGUCACUUAAGUGUAAGUGAACCCUAAGAUGCAAAAAUCCUUCUCAGAAUUCAGGAAAUUCACACAGAUUUUUACUUAAGCACACUGCUUCAGACUUUCUAGCUUAAUGUGUAUUUGUGUGUGUUUAUAUUGGAGGUCCGGUACAGCAGAAGACACAUUUCAGUCUUGUAUGGAUUAAUAAACUAUUCUUCAUCUGUCCGUGAACCCUUUAGACGACGGCCCUCAGCUGAAGCUCCUGUGCGGCGCGGACGUCCUGGAGUCCUUCGGCGUUCCCAACCUGUGGAAGCACGAGGAUAUCGCAGAGAUCGUGGGCCGCUAUGGCCUGGUGUGCAUCACCCGCAACGGCUGUGACGCCCACAAGUUCAUCCACCAAUCGGAGGUGCUGUGGAAGCACCGCAAGAACAUCCACGUGGUCCGCGAGUGGGUGACCAACGAGAUCUCGGCCACGCACGUGCGCCGGGCCCUGCGCAGGGGCCAGACCGUCCGCUACUUACUGCCGGACCCGGUGGUGAGCUACAUCCGGGAGCACGGCCUGUACAGUGCCGAGAGUGAGCAGAAGAACGCUGACGUCAUCCUCGCCCCGCUUCAGAGACACACCGGCCCCUCCUCCAGC